CAGCAUUUUCAUUCCCUUCACAGAGGGUACGUAGCCUUGAGAUUGUAUUUUAAAGAGACUAUAAUGGCUGCAAACCGUAAGUUUGAGGUUGAAUUUAAAGUUAAGUGCUCUGCAGAGAAGUUUUACUCUAUGAUGACUCGUGAUGUACUCAAGCUUCCAAGAUAUGCUCCUCAAAAUAUCCACAAUGUCCAAGUUGUCUCCGGAGAAGGUGAACUUCGUUUAGGAAGUGUUUCUGUUUGGGACUAUGUGCUGGAUAAUAAACCUUUUGGUGUCAGGACGAGAGCAAAGAUAACGGCGAUGGACCAUCAAAACAUGUCAUUAACUUUCACAGUUGUUGACGGAUAUCUCUCCGAUGAUUACACAAGUUUUUCCAACACACUUACUAUCACGACACCAACACAGAGGGAUGGAAACUAUAAUUGCCUUGUCAAGUGGUCUGUACAAUUUCAGAAAGCAAAUGAUAAUGUACCUGAUCCAACUUACUAUAUGAAAAUGCAGGAAGAUUUAACCAAGGAAUUGGAUGCCAAUUUGCUCAAGGAAGGCUAGACAAGAUUGAUCACCUACGUAGAUGAUAUGAUUGCAGGAAGCUAUCCGUGCAUGUUUGUGCUUGAUUUUUAAACAUCUAAAUAAAGUUGUAAUAUGGAUUUACCAGAUAUAUUUAUCUAAUCUAAUUUAGUAAAAUGCUUAA